GAAAUACGAGAAAUACGAGAGGAUACGAGAGUGGCGAAGGAAGCGAAGGAGAAAUAGGAGAGUGACGAAGGAGAAAUACGAGAAAUACGAGAGGAUACGAGAGUGGCGAAGGAGAAAUAGGAGAGUGGCGAAGGAAGCGAAGGAGAAAUACGAGAAAUACGAGAGUGGCGAAGGAGAAAUACAAGAAAUAGGAGAGUGGCGAUCGCUGGUGGCGUGUGGUGGAAGGAAGGAGACGGGGAAAUAACGGAUGAAGUGAAGAUAAAGAGAGAGGUGGAGAAUAACGGGUAAAGUGAUGAGAAAGAGAGAGAAUAACGGAUAAAGUGAUGAUUAAGAGAGAGACGAAAAUAACAAAUAAAGUGAUAAGAAAGCGAGAGACGGAAAAAUAACGGAUAAAGAGGUGAUGAAGAGAGAGAGAUGAUAAAGAGAAUAACGAAUAAAGUGACGAGAAAGAGAGACUGGAAAAUAACGGAUAAGGAGAGAGAGAAGUGAAAAAAUAUGGAAUAAAAGGGGAAUACAAGGACGACACCGGAAAGGAAUGAAUGAAGUGGCGAUAAACGGGAACUAAAGGAAAAUAAUAAACGAAGUGAUUAUUAAAGGAAAAUAUCAACAUGAUUCGGCGAAGAAAGUGAUUAGUUAAUAAAAAUAAAUUUCUGGAAUGAGCUUAAUCAAAAUAAAACAAACCAAAACACACAAGCAAACAGACAGACACCAACGCCAUUAUAAACCUUAAACACAACACUAAAAACAAACAAACAAACAAACAAAAAAGAGGUUCUUAUCCAAACUAAAACAAGCUUUACCUCAAAGACAAUGGCUCCAAGACAGUGCUAAACCCCCCUUCGCCAAGGUCAGUUCAUAAGGGCGAUUUUCGUGCCAUGACGCUAUGAUAUCCAGCAAAGAUUCACUCGCUAUGGAUCGGCUUGACCUUAGAAAGAAACUCAACGCCACAAAAGGUCAUUCGAAGUUGGAGGUUGACGGCGAGGCGGAAGGCGGGGGGUCGAAGGCCCUGUUCCUGGAGAAGGUCCGCCAGAGCAAUGCCGCGUGCCAGUCCGGAGACUUCGAGACCGCGGUGGCACUCUACACGGAGGCCAUCGCUCUCGACCCCCACAACCACAUCCUCUACUCCAACCGGUCCGCCGCCCACAUCAAGCUCGCCAAGUUCGCCCACGCCCUUCAGGAUGCCACCAAAGCGCGCGAACUCAACCCAAGUGGCCCAAGGUAA